AUGAGCAACGAUCCAGAAACCGUGGCACCGACACUUGACGAUAGUGCAAAUCAAGAUUCUCCUAAAGAUGUCAGCGGAAGCGCCUCCGAAAAUGGAAUAACGGUCGAAUUGAACGACGAGACCUCGAAAACUGAUCCUGAAUCGCUGAAGGCUACGGAACCUACGAUAUCCAAGUCGCCACAAAUCUCUGCAGUUCCAGAUGUGCCACCAAAGGACUCCACGGAGAAUAAGGAGCUUCCGCAGCCGCCAAUGGAAGUGGAGGAAGGCCAAAACACAGAAAACGGCUCUCACGAGCCAUCCGAAGACCAACAGGAGGCUGAGCAUGAGGAAUCGGAAGGAAAUACCGAAGUUUCCGCUGCUGAAGACAUUCAAGAGCCUUCAGAAGUUUUAGAGGUAGAAGAAGCAGACGAUGUGCCUAUUCCCGAAGUAAAAGUCGACGAGCCAGCGUCUAGUGGCGUAGUUAUCGCGUCGCAAAACUCCAUUGAGUCUACAGUAUCACCACGUGCUCAUGCUAAAGUUGAAAAUUUCCAGAUCUUCAAGAAAACAUUUGAGGUAAUCUUGGCCAGCAAGGAGGCCAAGAAGAACGAAGCAUUAAAAAAUGCCACACAGAAUGCUAUUGAUUCGCUCGACAACUCGGCGUCGAGAGAUCCACAUGUUAUCUUCGAGGCAUUGAAGUUAACUUGUGAAACCAGUAAUGCAAGUUUGAAGUCUAUGGCUGUGGACUUAUUUGCCAAACUCUUUGACCACGCUGUAUUUGACGAUGACGAUGACCGUGUAAGUCUCACAGAUGCAUCUGUGGAUGUGGUUUCUGCUUGCUUCGAAGGUGAGGGUACCGAUCCAGAAGUGGAAAUGCAAGUUGUCCGUGCUCUCAUGCACAGCAUUCUCCUUAUGCCCACGCAUGGAGCAUCGCUCUUAAAGGCAGUUCGCCAGAUUUACAACGUGUUUAUCUUUUCCUUGACACCACGAAACCAGGCCGUAGCCCAAGGUACGUUAACGCAGGUGAUUGGGUCGAUUUUCUCCAGAGUCAACGAAGCCAUGGCCAAUAAACUGCGAAUGUCCAAACUGAGUAGUAAUGUGGCUCUCAAGUACGAGGUGGACACUGUUACACCAACUCAGACGCCGUCAGAGCCUGAGUCUGCUAACAAAAUGACAUUGGAGAAGUUAGAGAAGUUGAAUGGGGACUCCGCCGAUUCAGAUAGGGUUAAUGAAGCCAACUUGGCCUCCGAGAAGGACGAGGAUAUCGCUGUUAAGGAUGCCUUCUUGAUUUUUAGAGCCAUGUGCAAACUUUCCGUCAAGGAUGUUGAUUCGGACAAUGUGGAUAUGAGAUCCCACUCCGUGCGCUCGAAAUUGCUCUCCUUGCAUAUCAUUCAUACUAUACUCAAGAAUAACAUCGACAUCUUCUUGAGUAAAGAUGUGGUCAUUCUCUCAUCGAACUCCGAUGAACAGACAAGACUUAUCGAUGCAGUGAGAACCUACUUGUGCCAAGCGCUCAUUCGUAAUGCUGCAUCGCCUUUGGCCCCUGUCUUUGAACUCACCUUAGAGAUAUUCUGGAUUCUUAUUUCAAAUCUCCGCUCGGACUUCAAGAUGGAAAUCCCAGUAUUCUGGGAGCAAAUUUAUUUCCCAGUCUCGGAAAUGAAAACGUCCACAGCUCACCAAAAACGGUAUUUGCUUUCAAUUAUUGAGCGCCUCUGUAACGAUUCCAGAUGCAUCAUUGAGUUUUAUUUGAACUAUGAUUGUGAUAGCAGCCAGCCAAAUAUCUGUGAAAGAAUUAUUGACUACUUGAACAGACUAGCCUUGGCCCGUGUCGACGUCACAGUCACUCAGAAAUUGAAUUAUCGUGACAACAAGAGAAAGGGUGUCUCUCUCUAUGAUAUCAGCAAGACUGCGAACCUCACCAGUAGUGCUAUGUUCUCCAAGCCUCCUGAACCCGAGAUCUAUUCUUUAUUCCCAUUGGAGUAUGCGAUGAAGAUGACUUCUCUUAGUUGCACGGUGGCGUUCAUCAGAUCUCUUUAUUCAUGGGCCCAAAAAGGCAUUUCCACUUCCAACAAGAUCUCAGAUGGUCUACUCAAACAAUCUGCUUUAAGUUCUGCCUCUCCAAGCAGGUCAGCCUCCAGAAAUGCUUCAUUCGUUGCAAAUAACGUAUCUGAUUUGAACGACGCAGAUGAUCCAGAACAAUUCGAAAACCUCAAACAAAAGAAGAAGACUUAUUUGGAAGGCAUUCGUCAAUUCAACCAAAAACCUAAGAAAGGUAUUGCCUACUUUGUCGAACACAAGAUUAUUCCUUCCAACAGUCCACAUGACGUGGCUGUAUUUUUGUUGAAUAACGAUGCCUUGGAUAAGACUGCCUUGGGUGAGUACUUGGGAGAGGGAGACGAAAGAAACAUUGCCAUCAUGCACGAAUUUGUGGAUCAAAUGGACUUCAGCAAUACUUCGUUUGUGGAGGCAAUGAGAACAUUCUUACAAUCUUUCAGAUUACCAGGAGAGGGUCAAAAGAUCGAUCGGUUUAUGUUGAAAUUUGCUCAGAGAUAUGUGCUUGGUAACCCAGAUGUCUUUUCGAACGCUGAUACCGUCUAUGUGUUAGCAUAUUCAGUCAUCAUGCUCAACACCGAUCAGCACUCGCGUCAAGUCAAGACCAGAAUGACAGUGGAAAAUUUUAUCAUGAAUAACAGUGGAAUCGAUGAAGGAAAGGACGUUCCCAGAGAGAUUUUGGAGAGCAUUUUCGCCGAAAUCCAAAAUAAUGAGAUCAAAUUACAUUCCGAGCAGCAUGCUGCUCUUUUGUCCAAUGAUCAACCACUUGCUUCGGCUGGACCUACAGGAUUCUUCGGAGGGAGGGAUUUGAACAAAGAAGCAUACAUGCAUGCUUCCAAAGAAAUGUCUACCAAAACUGAAAAGCUUGUCAAAGACUUAGGCAAAAAAAUGCGUGGAGAGGACCUGUCAGUUUUCUACGCUGCUUCUCACGUCCAUCAUGUUAAGUCUAUUUUCGACACUUUGUGGAUGUCAAUGUUGGCUGGAUUGACAGCUCCUUAUAAGGAGUAUGACGAAGAGGAUGUCACAAAUCUUUGUUUAGAAGGCAUCAAACUUUCUAUCAAGAUUGCGUGUAUGUUCGAUUUGCAAUAUGCAAAGGAGUGUUUCAUCAGAGCAUUGGUUCAAUUUCAAAACUUGAAUAACAUUGAGGAUAUCAAGGCUAAGAAUGUGGCUGCUAUUUACAUUAUGUUAGAGGUAGCAGUGAGCGAAGGUAACUCCUUGCAGAAAUCAUGGAUUGAAAUCUUGACCUCUAUUUCGCAGCUUGAAAGAUUGCAAUUGAUUGCUCAAGGUGUAGACCAAGAUUCGAUUCCUGAUGUUUCAAUUGCCAAGUUGGUAAAUCGUAAUUCUCUUGAGAGCUUGACCUCGAUUUCUACGGGGUUCUUCCUGUUUGCUAGGGAGACUACUGCAGCUCAGAAUGCAGCGCUCAAGUUUCACAAUCAACAUCUUUCUGCAGAAGGCGCACACCUUCUUGGUCGUACAGAAUUGGGUGUUGCCAUGGAUAGGGUUUUCACAAACAGUUCAGAAUUGACAGGUGAAGCUAUUAAGUAUUUCGUUCAGGCUUUGAGUCAAGUUGCUAAUGAAGAAAUUGAGUCUUCUGGUCAAUCAUCCAACCCCAGAAUGUUUUCUUUGCAGAAGGUCGUUGACGUUUGUUACUAUAAUAUGAACAGAAUUCGUUUGGAAUGGUCUCAAUUAUGGGCUAUUAUGGGUGAAACUUUCAACAAGGUUGGUUGCAACCCAAAUGUUGCUGUUUCCUUUUUUGCUUUGGAUUCGCUCAGACAGUUAUCUGUGAGAUUCUUGGACAUCGACGAAUUGUCUCAUUUCAAAUUUCAGAAAGAGUUCUUGAAACCUUUCGAGUACAUUUUUGUCCACGACGAAUCAUUCGAAGUUAAAGACAUGGUGCUUGAGUGCAUCAACAACAUGAUCUUAGCUAAGGCAGAUCAUAUCAAGUCUGGUUGGAAGACCAUUUUUGGCGUGUUGACUGCUGCUGCCAAAGAACGCAAGGACUCACUUAUCACGAAAGCAUAUAAAAUGGCUUUCAACAUCAACAAGGAUUACCAUGAAGAAGUGAUCGCGCAGGAUUCCUUCUCCGAUCUUGUGACAUGCUUCACCGAGUUUGCCAAGAACGAGAAAUUCCAAAAAGUUGGACUUUUGUCUCUCGAGGUAUUGUCUAAACUUAUUGUUCAGAUUGCCAAAUACUCGAUUGAAGUUAACAAGGAUCACACAAUUAGCAUUAACGGGAAGGAUGACACUGAGCGCAACGAGAAAUUGACAAAGCUUUGGUUCCCUGUGUUAUUUGGAUUCUAUGAUAUCAUAAUGAGCGGUGAAGAGCUUGAGGUGCGUUCCCGUGCUUUGACACACUUCUUUGAUGUGCUUUUGAAGUACGGAGAGCACUUUGAGAACGAUUUCUGGGAUAUCAUCUUCCAUAAAUUGUUGGCACCUAUCUUUGGUGUCUUGUCAAGCCCUUGGGAAUUAAGAUAUGAUGGUGGCUCCGCGCAUGCCAAUGGCAGCUUAUCUGAAAGAGAUCGUAUGUCGUUUUGGGUAUCUACCACGUUGAUCCAGGCUAUGAAUAAUUUGGUGACUUUGUUUACGCAUUAUUUCAAUCAGCUAACUCCAAUGCUCGGAGAACUCUUGAGUUUGUUGACCAACUGCGUGUGUCAAGAGAACGACACCAUUGCAAGAACAGGUAAAUCGUGUUUCCAAGAUUUCUUGGUCAAGAACGCUUCUCGUUUCAGCGAUUCACAAUGGGAGUUGGUUACCGACUCUUUCACCAAUUUGUUUGACUUGACCACAGCAAAGGAAUUGUUUGCAUUGGAUCCAUUGAAAACCACUCAUUUGGAUUCAGAUGUAGAGGAUCUCGAUAUCAACGACACCGAUACACCUACUAGGCUCAACAACAAGGAUGAAGACAGAAUCCAGCGUACCAAGGAGAAGUCCUCUAUUGUUGUUAAGUGCGUGUUGCAAUUAUUGAUGAUAGAGACAGUUCUGGAGCUUGCUGUUAAGGAAGAGUUCUACGAUGCAAUUCCUCCGAAGUACCUAAUGAAGCUUGCGGGACUGUUACAAGAGAGCUACACAUUCGCCAGGGAUUUCAAUGAUGACUACGAUCUUAGAGUGCGCCUUUGGAACGCGGGAGUAAUCGAAAGACUCCCAAAUCUUUUGAAGCAAGAGAGCAUGUCUUCGGCAGUUUUCUUGAAUAUAAUGUUCAGACUAUAUUGCGACGAAGACAAGGCUACUGACAAGGAAGCCAAAAGCAAAAUCAUGCAGCAGGUCAUGCCUCUAUGCCAGACGAUCGUGGGAAGGUACACCGCAUUCGACGACUCUAACCAACAGAAGAGUAUUACCACUUGGCGUCCCGUGAUUAUUGAGAUUUUCCAAGGAUACGUGGAAUUGGACGAAGAAGACUUCCUUUUGUACUCCCCAUCCAUGUACAAGUUGAGUUUAAAGAUUCUUGACCGUAGUAUUGGAGCAGACUUGAGGAGAGGGCUCCAAAUGUUCCUUGCACGCAUCGGCGAUUCAUUCAUUACGCCACUGUCUCAAAGCUAA